UUUAAUUUUUUAUUCACCUUUGUCAAAAAAACAGUUGAAAAAAGUUGGAAUAUUGGGUCCAAUGAGACUAAAAAAUGUCUAUCUAUAUAUCAAUCCCAACUCAAAGACCGUGCAGCAAGACUCUCUCCAUCUCACUCAAUAUAAUUAAUUUCCCAAUCAAUAAAUUCCACGAUUACUUACCACCAAUGCUCACCUUCACUCUUUACCUCUUCACCGUCCUCCUCACCACCAUCGCCACCACAGCAGCACCCUACACUCCCACCUUUUAUGUCCUCCUCAACUGCGGCUCCACCACCAAUACCACCGACUCCAACGGCCGCAACUGGGGCGGCGAUGUCCACUCCAAAUUCUCACUCUCCAACACCACACCAAACACUUCUUCACCCUCCACCGCCUCCCACCAAGAUCCCUCCGUCCCCCAAGUCCCCUUCAUGACCGCCCGCAUCUUCCACUCCCCAUUCACCUACACCUUCCCUGACACCGCCGGCCCCAAGUUCCUCCGCCUCUACUUCUACCCCACCACCUACUCCGACCUCGACCUCGACCCCACCCAAUCAUUCUUCUCCGUCACCUCCAAUCACUACACUCUCUUAAACAACUUCAGUGCCUUCUUAACCGUUUCUUCAAUCAAACCACCGGUUGCUUCCCUCAUCAAAGAAUUCAUCCUCAACUUCAGAGACAACCAAACACUCCUUAACAUAACCUUCUCACCAUCUCCCAACUCUUACGCCUUUAUCAACGGUAUCGAACUCCUUUCCAUGCCGGAUAAGCUCUAUAUGUGUGGCAAUAAUGAAACCAUCACACGCGCCGGUGUUGAUUAUCCCUAUUAUUUUGAUAGCAGCACAGUUCUUGAAACCCUUUACCGGUUAAACGUCGGCGGUAAUACCGUCAGCGUUAACGAUGACACCGGCAUGUUUCGGACGUGGGAACUAGAUGACUUGUAUAUACUUGGGGGUUGUUUCGGGGUGUCAACUCGCGGGAAUGGUCCGAUCCACUACGGUUCGGCAACACCGGCUUACACUGCACCUGAGAUGGUUUAUAACACCGCAAGGCUUAUGGGCAACCUAAGUUUACUCUGCAAUUUGACAUGGAGUUUUGGUGUUGAUUCAGGGUUUAAUUAUCUUGUGAGACUUCAUUUCUGCGAUUUUAUGGUGUACGGGACUAAAACGAAUGUGAGGGUGUUCACGAUAUAUCUUAACAGUCAGACGGCUGAGGAUAAAGCUGAUGUAAUUUUCUGGAGUGGUGGUAAUAGUAUUCCGGUUUACAGAGACUAUGUUGUGCGGGUCCCGGAUGUUGGUGGUCGCCGGAUCAAGCAGGACUUGUGGCUCGAGAUGCACCCCAACGUCGAAGACAAACCUGAAUUAUAUGAUGCAAUUCUGAAUGGUGUGGAAUUGUUCAAAUUGAACCGAACAGACGGUAUUCUCGCCGGACCUAAUCCUGAUUUGGUGGUAUCUGAAACACCGGAACGGAAACCGAAGAUACCGGUGACAUCUACCGGUAAACGCUCGUUGCUCAUUUGGGUGGUUGUCGGAGGUGUAAUUGGAGGGACAGUAGCAAUGUCAAUUUUGGGUUACGUCAUUUUCCGGGAAUGGAGAAGAGUCAAAGGCUUUGGCACAAUUUCAGUGGCGUCAAGGUCAACGGAGUCAACGAAGUAUCAUGUUUCAUCACUGCCGUCUGAUCUCUGCCGACGCUUCUCGCUCGCCGAGAUUAAAUCAGCUACAUGCAACUUUGACGACAAUUUUGUUAUCGGCACUGGAGGAUUUGGUAAUGUGUAUAAAGGGUUCAUAGACAACGAUACUGCUCCCAUCGCGGUUGCGGUCAAACGGUUGAAUCCUGAAUCAAGGCAAGGGGCCCACGAGUUUCAAACGGAGAUCGUAAUGCUCUCAAAGCUGAGACACCGCCAUUUGGUGUCUCUGAUUGGUUACUGUGUUGAUGAUGGUGAGAUGAUCUUGGUGUAUGAUUACAUGGCCCGUGGGACUCUCCGUGAUCAUCUCUACAAAUCAAACCACCCUCCUCUCUCGUGGAAUCAGCGCCUUCUGAUCAGCAUAGGUGCUGCCCGUGGACUGAACUACCUUCAUACUGGUGUGAAGCAUACGAUCAUUCACCGCGAUGUAAAAUCAACCAACAUUUUGUUAGAUGAGAAAUGGGCCGCCAAGCUUUCUGAUUUUGGGUUGUCAAAAAAGGGUCCCAUUGGGAUGUCCCAUGUGAGCACUGUGGUGAAGGGUAGUUUCGGGUAUUUGGACCCCGAAUAUUAUCGACUGCAACAAUUGACAGAAAAGUCUGACGUGUACUCGUUCGGAGUGGUAUUGUUAGAAUUGUUGUGUGCUAGGUCACCAAUUGUUACAUGUUUGCCAAGGAAACAAGUGAAUUUGGCUGAGUGGGGCCGGUGUUGUUGUCGAAAAGGGAACCUUGAUCAGAUUGUGGAUCCACAUCUGAGGGGUCAGAUUGCACCAGAGUGUUUAAGGAAAUUUGGGGAGAUUGCUUGUAGUUGCUUGCGUGAUCAUGGGAUCGAACGGCCAUCGAUGAAUGAUGUUGUGUGGGGUCUUGAGUUUGCAUUGCAAUUGCAAGAGGAUGCUAAUAGGAAUAUCAACGGUGGAGAUGAGUUUGGUAAGAAUAAUGUGAUGAGUGUGUAUGGAUCCCCUAUUAGUCCCUCUGUUCCUCUUCGUGGAUAUGAAGAGACAACGACGACGGACGACGACGUAUUUUUUGGACCAACUGAAUACGUAUCUAGUUCAAAAGGCAGUUGAUUAUAUCAACGCCUCAACGAUGUAUAGCGGUGGAUGGAGUGUUGAUUACGUAGUAUAUUUUUAACACAUUUAUUUAAAUGUAAAAUAAUAAUAAUAAUAAUAAUAAUAAUAAUAAUAAUAAUUGUUGAUGAAAUAUGUAAAAUAAUUUUUGAAUGAAAGUCUAAUACGUGCUCGUGCUGGAUUUUGGCGUUUAACUGUGAAAUUCAUUUUCCAUAUUAUACUUGGUAAAAUUUUCAUUGGAUGUAUAAAAAAGUUGAACUCCCAUAUUUUAUCACUUUAUCCAAGCAAACCAUGGAUGCAUUUGAUAGUAUUUACCCUACGAUAACAUAAUUUAAUCAAAGGAAAAAAAACAGAAUAAAAAAUCACAAAAAAAAUAAAAAUUUGUAAGAUGGCAUUUUUUUUUGUCUUCUCUUUCUUACACAAAAGCUAGAGAAUAUAACGAGGAAAAAAAUCCAGUGAUCCCAUAAAAAUACACCGAUAACUGCCAGUUGAAUUUUAUUUCUAUGUUUUUUGAAAGUUUAAGUAAAUACACAAUAUAUAUUUUUGUAAUCUCGAACACUCAGCCUCCCAAAGAGGAGGAGAGCUUAUAUGAUCUAGGCUAAACCUAAGUAGGUUGGUCAUCAAAUUUUUUUCUUUUUUUCCUUUUCUAUUAAUCAAAGGCAAUAAUUGAGUCCCUAACUUUGCAGGGAUUGAGGUCUCGCUUUCCAACCAUACUCCUAAUUUGAAUGGUGGUUGUGUUGUGGGGUUGAUACACGUGCUCUAAGGAGAGAGGGGGAGAGAGAGAGAGAGAAAAAAAAAAAAAAAAAAACCUCAAUAAUGGCCCAACUAGGUCCAAAGGCCUAUCCCAAUAAAAUCUACAAAACACCAAAAAUACGGUGGGAAGAAGUAGAACCACAUACAAGGUCGACUAAGCCCAUUCAAAAGGCCCAAAUCUUGGCCCAUAAUUUAGAUUACUGUUGCUUC